CACUCCUCGCUCUCACUCUCUCUCGGGCCCCCCUCUCUCUCGGCCGCCUUCUUUCCAAGCGGCGACGACAGGGGAGUGGCGGCGCCGCCCCCAUGUCCUACACUGGGUCCACCCCUGCCUCCUCGUCCUCGUCCCUCUACUGGAAGGGGAUGGAUUCGAGUGGGGAUCCACAUCCACCUAUACUGGCUGGUAAGCCCUAGCUCGCUCCAAUUUGCCCCCUGGGGUCUUUUCUUUGUUUGCUGCGAGCAAUGAAUUUGAAUCCAUCGUGCGGUUUAGGAGCCCAGAAUGCGUGGGAUAUGCUCUCUGAUGAGCAGUCACAGAAACACAUCACUACUGGUUCUGGUGACCUCAACAACAUACUUGGUGGUGGGAUUCACUGCAAAGAAGUCACUGAGAUAGGUGGUGUCCCAGGGGUUGGUAAAACUCAACUGGGGAUUCAACUAGCAAUCAAUGUCCAAAUCCCAGUGGAAUAUGGUGGCCUUGGUGGGAAAGCAGUUUAUAUCGCAGACACGGAGGGCAGUUUCAUGGUUGAACGUGUCUAUCAAAUUGCUCAAGGGUGUAUCAGCGACAUACUGGAGCACUUCCCGCACAGCCAUGAGAAGUCUUCUUCUGGCCAAAAACAACUGCAGCCUGAGCAUUUCCUCGCAGACAUCUAUUACUUCCGAAUAUGCAGCUAUACGGAACAGAUUGCUGCUAUAAACUACCUGGAAAAAUUCCUCGGGGAGCAUAAAGAUGUGCGUAUAGUUAUUAUUGAUAGUGUCACUUUCCACUUUCGACAAGAUUUUGAUGAUCUGGCUCUACGGACCAGAGUGCUCAGUGGAUUGUCAUUGAAGUUAAUGAAGAUUGCAAAGACAUACAACUUGGCGGUUGUCUUGUUGAACCAAGUCACUACUAAAUUUACAGAAGGAUCAUUUCAAUUGACUCUUGCUCUAGGUGACAGCUGGUCCCACUCGUGCACAAAUCGACUGAUUCUGUACUGGAAUGGGAAUGAUCGGUAUGCAUACCUGGACAAAUCUCCUUCACUUCCAGUAGCUUCAGCUCCAUAUGCAGUGACAGGCAAGGGGGUGAGGGAUGCUGCGAGUUCAAAUCACAAGAGAGUCCGAGUAACGUAGCGAACUUAGUGCCAACUCCUGUACCUCCAGUUCUCUACUAUGCACUUGCUGCUAAAUUAACUGCGUUCCUUCACCGUGGGUCUUUUGGACAAAUUAGGUGAUUGGUGGGUAUUGGUAGAGAAUCUCCUACCAUUUUGAAAGUCUCGAUUGCUUUUUGAUGUAAACCAGAAAUUGUAGGGAAGUAGAUGCCGCAAAAGAGGGUUUAGUUGACCCAUCGUCAACUCUCGUGUGUCUGAAACGCGACUACCAGCUCUUUCAGGUGGCUCGGACCUAUUUGUUC